AUGGAGACCAAUACAGUUUCAACAAUCAAUGAUAUCAAUCUCGGUUCAACAUCGGAAAAUCUAAAAAGUCAACUUUCAACAAAUGAUUAUGUAUCAUCGACAUGGACAACAACAGUUCGAGACAGGCCGCCUUCAACAGGUAAAACAUUUGUCUACGAUACUUCGAAUUUGGAAGUAACAAUGAAAACUCAAAACAGUUCACUUUCCAUAUCCACAGCUGUAUCUCAAAUUACUACAGCAAUCACAAAUACUAUAACCACAGCAAAAGAUGUGUCAAACUCAACUGUUACAAUGUCACCUACUACAACAGAAACAAGAACACAGCAAAUGUCAAUCUUAACACUGACGAAAAUACGUAAUAUAACAGGAACAUCAAGACAGAGAACAACUUCUACUGUUACAAUGACGGCUAGAACUGUGACUCUAAAUAUUACUGACUCACAAACUAAAAAACCUUCGAGUGACGAUUCUACUACGAUUUCCAUUGUAUCUUCUAUACUUGGAAUCGUUGCCAGUGUGUUUACAAUCAUCGCUAUCAUUCUGGCUUACAAAGGAAAACUGGCCUGUUGCAAGGAGAAAAAGCAGACUCCAGUCCCUUCGAGUUCCUCGGAGUCCUUAGGAGUCCCUUGGAGUCCCUUGGAGUUCUUCAAAGUUCCAUGAAAUCUUCAUCAUAUAUCCAGAAGCCCAUUAUAGAAUUUAGAACAUCAGAUGAAAUAGAUAUUGUCUCGAUUUAGAGACGAACGUAUAUCAUCUUUCUCUUAUAUGUAUUCAGCACAUUCGUUUAUUCUAAAAUUUCAAAUUAAACAAAAUCAAACAAAAUAUUACACGAAGAAAAAACAUUUACUUAUUUUUUUCGUUAGUAUGUUGUAUUCGAAGUAACCUGUCGCUUGAAAGUUUACUUUUUUCGGUAGUUAAUAACCAACAAGCUGUUUGUUUAUGUAUAUAUUUUGUAUCAUCAUUCAUUGUGAUUUUAAAAUAAGAUUGUUCUAUGUGAGGUUCGAUCUUAUUAAACACUUUCAUUCCAACAAAGUCGUUUUUUAUCGUGUUUAUUAAAUUUUGAGUAUCAUCUUGUUCGUCUUCAUCACUGUAAUCAUCAUUCGAGGAAAAAUUAUCAUCAUUGUCAUCAUCCAUGUUGAGAUCAUCUGUUGUUUCAUCUUCAUCAUCAUCAGCUAUUUCAAAUUCUCCAUCAUCUAUAUUGCUUAGUUGAGAUGAGUAGUCAUACAUCUUUGAAGUUGAAUUUAACUGUUUAAACACAUAUUCACUUAAUAAUUCUAAGCUAAGAACACGUUUAUUUUUCAGCAAAUUCAAUAUUUCUAAACCAUCAAGCAUGUCAAUAACUUCAUGGUAGGCUUCGGUAAUAAUUCGUUCAAUAUCUAUUUGAGGGUGUGGGUGUGGGUGUGGGUGUGGGUGUGGGUGUGGGUGUGGG